AUGGCGGAAGUUUGUGCCCACACCCGCAUUGAGGCCGCAUUGGCUGCCCAGCGCAGUUUCAUGGACACCUGGGGUGCCCAGCUGGAGCAAAUGUUGCAGAUGUGCGUCUUUUUGGUGCCAGUGCAGGAGGACGAUGACAAAGCGGGAUUUUGGAGUCAGGCAAUAUACUCUGUCAGUGAUCUUUUCAAUUUGUACCGCACAGUGGUGCUUCGCAGCCCUGAAGAGAUUCCCGUUUGCGAAGCUGAGGGAGGUGACCUGGUGAAGAACGGACCCUCCAAAGAGCUUCGAAAAGCGCGAUUGGGCUACAUGUUGGCGGCCUUCACCUUGCGGGCCAUCCGGUCCAUUCAGGUGCUUAUCGAAAUGGAUGCCUUCAAUAGGAAGGGCUCCAAGUAUGCGUUGCAAGUUUGUACUCGCAUUGAAUUGGUGAAGCUGGCGCUCAAGAUUUUCCUGCGCCUUAAAAUGCCUUUCAACUUCUAUGUCGACGAGGUGGCCAUUGAAGAUGCGGAGCCUCCAAAGCUGUUGGAGCAGCAACGCAACGCACUUCUUGGACAGCAGCAGAAUGGCAACUCAGAGACAGCAAAUGCGGAAAGUGCUGCGCCAGCGCCAAAACCAGAGCCCUUUGUUGGGAGGCGCACUGGGCGCUCGCUGAAAGCCCUUGAGAACCUUGAGGGUGGCUCUGCAGAGCCAGAGGCCCCACGGCCAGCACCGCCACGUGUCGCAGACGGCCUGCGGCGUGAUUGCACACCACACAGUACGCAAAUUGCAGUUGCAGAGGUGCUGUACCACAGUCGGCCACUUAUCCAUUUGGCCCUGCUGCGAAGCCGCGGAAGAAGGUCCUGGGCUGCGUGGAUUGUCGCUUUGCUUCUGGAGCGUUUGUCUGCCGGCCUGCUGGCGAUGGAUCUCCGCAGCAUGCCAAACAGCCGCGCGCGCCUGUUGGAGGCUGCUGAGGUCAGCAGGCGACAGAAUCUGACGCUCUGGGCUUUGGUGAGGCCAGGCAGUUGGAGAGAGAGAGAAGCUUCAGAGCCCUGUGUAACUGUUGUUACAACAAAUUAUAAGAGUCUUGGUUGA